AUGGGGCAAGCAGCUUUAUUACCCCGCAGAAAAGGAGGUACCUAUGUUAUGGAGCUACAUGAGUGGUAUAGAAAAUUUAUCAACGAGUGUCCUAGUGGACUGAUAACUCUGCACGAAUUCCGAACGCAUUUCUGCAAUGGAACAGUAGGCCAUGAUUCUUCAGAAUAUGCUGAACAGAUCUUCCGAACUUUGGACAGCAACGGGGAUGGCAUUGUUGACUUCAGAGAGUAUGUUACUGCCAUAAGCAUGCUAAUACAGGGUUCCCCUGAAGAAAAACUGAGGUGGUCUUUUAAACUGUAUGAUAAGGACAAGGAUGGAGCAAUUACUCGCUCAGAAAUGUUUGAAAUCAUGCAAGCUGUGUACAAAAUGAGUGUGGCUGCCUCACUGACAAAAGUGAACCCGUUGACGGCAGAAGAAUGUACAAACAGGAUGUUUGCCAGGCUGGAUAAGGACAAAAAUGCUAUUAUCAGCCUGGAUGAAUUCAUUGAAGGAGCUCUAAAUGAUGAAUGGAUUCACAAAAUGCUGGAAUGUGACCCCAAUACUGUCAAAGUGGAAAAAGCACAGAAGAACAGUCAGGCUCCAUUUUAA